UCCCUCCCUCCCUUCCUUCCCCCCCCUCUCUCUCUCGUAUCUCCUUCAGGUUUGGGAAAUGGAUCUGUCCUGGGAUUUCCUUUCAAAACUGACUUGUAACCUGCUCUUAGGUCAUGUAGAAUACCAACGAUAUCAUCCAGAAGCUUGUGUGUGUGUGUUUGCAUGCAUGUAUGGGUGGGUGGGUGCAUUUGGAUAUAGGGGGAAGCAAAAGGUGCACAGUGUUUCUCUUUAGAGACAGUAUAAUCAGUAGCUAUAAGGGAGAAGAGGCAAUGAUCUGAUGGGGACUAUGGAGUUUCCAAAUGUUCAUAGUGCAGUUGCUCUACAAAUGCUUCUUGUAGUCCAAUCUGACAAGAGACACACCACUGCUGUGCAGAAGCUGCGGGAAGACAAACAGGGAAGAAGCCUUGUCCUACAGCAAAAUCAAGGGAAUGCUUUUCGCAAGCAACAAGUCAUUACAACCUGCUCGCCUCAAGGAACCCAGGUGACAGUAGAAGUUCAUAGUAGUAAUUCUACUCCACAGCUAUUCAAGAAGAUCUCCUCUGAGAAAGGUUUUCAAGUGAAUGGAAAGAGCAGUCCCCGCCCACCUGGACUGAAAGAUCAGCAUGCUUAUCCAUGGGACAAAUCAUGCUUAAAAUCUAUGCCUUUGGACCUGAAGCAAUUUGAAAAAUUGGAUGCAUAUGCAAAAAAGGUGAAUGCCAAAAGCAGUGUGGAAGAAUUAGUGCAAAACUUGCUCCUUGUAGCACAUACUGACCUGGAGAAAGUUAGGGCCAUUUGGAUAUGGAUAUGCCACCACAUAGAAUAUGAUGUUGUAGGUUUCUUCGAUAAAGAGAAUCAGUCUUUCAAUCCCCAAGAUGUCCUGCAGAGUGGAAAAAGCAUUUGUGAGGGAUAUGCUCGCCUCUUUGAACAAAUGUGCAGAAUUGCAGGGGUACACUGCAUGAAUUUAUCUGGUUAUUCUAAAGGCUAUGGCUACAAAACAGGACAGACCUUUGAAGGAGAGUAUACCCAUGCCUGGAAUGCAGUUUACCUUGAUGGAAAGUGGCAUUUGGUGGACAGCACUUGGGGCAGCGGCUCAAUUGAUGAAUGUUGCAGCAAGUUUACCUUCAGAUACAGUGAAUUUUAUUUCCUCACGCACCCUGCACUCUUUAUUAAUAAUCAUUUCCCAGACAACAACAACUGGCAGCUACUCAAACCAACUGUGGCAUUAAAACAGUUUGAAAAUAACCUGCUCUACAAAAGUGACUUUUACAUGAUGGGAUUGCUGGUGGCCCAUCCAGAAACAUCUAUUAUACAGACAGUAAAUGGAAAAGUCACAAUAGUAGUGGAGAGCCGUUCUCCAAUGCUGUUCAUGUCUGAACUGAAAAGGGCAAAAGAAUACAGCCUGAUGACUUUGAAGAGGAAUGGGAUGCAUCUGGAACUGUACCCACAGAAGAUGGGGAGUCAUAAACUCCAAAUCUAUGCCAAACCACCUAAAGGCCCUGAAGAAAUGUACACAUGCAUUCUAGAAUACAACGUUGAGUGCAAUUCUAUAGACAGGAAUGUUUGUUUCCCAAAGGAACUCCAUCAACCAGUUGGGCCCAACUGGUUCACAAAGAAACAGGGGAUCCUCAGACCUUCACAAAAAGGUCCAGUUAUUCAUACUAAUGAUGGCUGCUGUAACCUCAGUUUCAUCCUCAGUAAAGACUUGAACAUUUUAGCGUCAUUGCAUUCAGACAGCGUAAGCUUCAGUGAAGAUGAAGGAAGACGACAUAUCUUACAACAACAACAAGGAAACCAAAUAAACUUUAAGAUCCAUCUUCCACAUGCUGGGAAUUUUGCUUUCCAAAUUUUUGCUAAGAAAAAGUCUGAUCCUGGUAACUAUAACUAUAUCUUUAAUUACCUCAUCUGUUGUCCAAACACUAAGGUCAAAUGGCCAAUGUUCCCCCAGAAUUAUAGUAACUGGGCAGAAAGCUAUGAAUUAGUGGAACCUCUGGCUGCAUUUCUACCAGCCAACUGCAACAUUAAGUUCAAACUUAAACUUCACAGCAUUGCCAAAGCAUUUGUUCAAUGUGAAAAACUUUGCCCCUUGUCUCUUAGUAAGGAUGGCUACUGGGAGGGAUCCUGCAGUACUUCUGGCUGCAGAGAAAUAUAUGUGACAGUGUUGGAGAAUGCAAACCACAAAUUUUACUCACAUAUUUUGAAAUAUGAAGUAGAAUCACAGUAAUAGACCACUUGAACUUUUCCCAUCUGCCCACACACACAAUAUAUGAUCUAACUAUAAUGCAUUUAACUCUGAAUAAUUUAUUUCAUGCUGUUGGAUGACAAUACUCAUGUUAUUGAAGCAGCAGCAAAAUAAUUUAACUUGAUCAACCCCCAUCCCUUGACACUUUUCACUGAUAUUAUAUGAUGCAUGAGGUUUAUACAAAAUGUAACUUACUCAUUAAAAACCAAGCAAAUGUUUUCCAUAAAUAAUUUCAACAUUACAAAUUAUUUAGAUGCCUAGCAUAUAAAGAAGCAAUUAUAUGCAUCUUCCCACCCAUCUUGCCAUAAUUUUGAGAUGUGACCACUGAUUCGGAAAGGAUAUGUUCAACAUUAUCAAAUAUAAUAAAAGAGGACUGUAGAAUUCAUGUUGGGCCAAAAAGAGAAAAAGACCCACAUUUUUGACUGUCAAUACAAAAGUGGCUACAGAAUUGGAAGAAACAUGAAGAAAUGUGCUUUUACAAGAGUAUAAUGUAAGCUUUCUUGUGUGCACUUUAUUGUCUUACAAAUAUAAAAUACUGAAAAGUUUUAUACUAGACCUUAAAUGCAAUUAAAUGCUCAUUUUUAUUCACUG